UUCUCUUUACAACAACAACAAAUACAGUAUACAUCUUCCUCUUCUCUCUCGCGCUGCAAACCCGGAAAACCAACCAUCGCCCGUCCUCCUCUUCUCGAAUCAUCUAGGUGUCAAAAUCUCGGUGCUUCCUCGUCCUUGCUCAACAAUCAAGGGCUCUCAAUUUCAAUCCCUUGAGGAAAUUGUGUACAAAUUACAGCUUUCAACCUUGUCUAAGGAAUUCAAAUUUCGAAUCGGACAAUUCCUCCAAUUCUUAUCCCGGAAAGCUGCUCUAAGAAAGGAUUCCUUGCGAUUUUCUGAAUCAGUUUAAAGCUUUGAUUCUCCUGUUGAAACUGAAGUGAAGGUUUAUUUCCCACUGAAAGGUUCGUGGAAGAAGAUCAAUUUUUUUUCAAUGGAUCCCAAAUAUGCAGGAGAAACCUUCAAGCAUCUGGAGAAAGAAAGUGAACUACUCUCAAAUGCCCAUAAAGCAAUGUCGGAUGAAUUGCACAGGCUUCAGGUUGAGGAAGAAAUGCUGAUGCGCAAGUUACAUGAACUUAUUUUAGCUCAUACUCUAACUAAAAAGAAAGGCUUAAAUGAUAAUGCUGAGGAAAGGCAGAAUGACCGGGAAGGAGCACGGGUCGACAUGACUAAUGGUGCUGAUGAAAGGCAGAAUGACCAGGAAGGAGCACUGGUCGACAUGACUAAUGGUGCUGAUGGAAGGCAGAAUGACCUGGAAGGAGCUGUAAUUGACAUGACGAAAGGUGAUCACUAAUGUAUAAGUGAGAUAGAUAUCCGAUCCCUAGACUAUCUGUACAGAAAUCCAUUGUUAGCCUUACACUUGCAGUAUGCCAUUUUUGGUCUCACAUUGCCGAUGCUUUUAGAUUGCAUCUCACAUAGAUCUCUCAGCUACGUAGAAAGUGAUAUAUGUUUCUUGAUAGUAUAUAGAUGAUGCAAGCUGUUUCCCAUGUCUCUGUCCAGAUUUAUUCUUGCUUAGUAAUUUAAUCAACAGAGCUA